AAACUUCCUUCCUUGUCUACAUAUCCUAAGCAUCAAAUCCUCUGCAAUUCACUCCCAACGAAAUAAAGAUUCCUCUUUUCCUCAUCAAUUUUUAUAUUAAAACAGUAACCCCAUUUCUUGUUUAAUGCCAAAUCCUGCAUUGGCUUCUCUACAUGUUUGAUCUUUCACUGACGCCAUCACCAUCGCCAUGGGAGCUCAGAAGAGCAUCCACGCUGGCAGAGGUUUUUGCUCCCAUCUUCUAUUCUUCAACUUAACUCAAACCAUAAUCAAUACUUAUGCAAAAAUUGUAUCAACUUGUUACUGUUUGAACAGGGACACUAGCAGUCCUCUUUCUCUAGUGAUUGGCAGCCUCUGUAUCAAGCAUCCGAAUUUGUUUGGAGGAAGCGAGAAGCUUGAUGUAUCAUGGGAUAAAGGGUUGUAUGAUUCAAAUGUACUGGUGGCUUUUAGGAGACCUAGACCCGAAUGGCGUCCCCAACAGUGCUUCUUUAUACAGCAUUCUCUGUCACCUGAGAUUGGAGUCCACGGAACUCCAUAUGACAACUUCUCCCGGUCAGGAAGUGGAGGUGUAAAUCUGUCUAAACUGGCCGUAGGUUUAGACUUGAGUGAGCCGGCGAGUUCAAAGUGGAGCAGCACAACCAGUGUAAAGUUUGAGCAUGUGCGUCCUAUGAACGAUGAAGGACGUUUGAUAACGAGAGACGUGGAUGGAUUUCCUGUAACCUGCAGUGGAAAUACUCAUGACAGUAUGGUCGUUUUAAAGCAAGAAUCCCGGUUUGCAAAGGCUAACGACCAAGGUCUUUCUCAUUUCAGCAUGCAAAUAGAACAAGGUAUUCCGGUUGUGUCCAAGUGGCUUAUCUUCAACCGUUUCAAAUUUGUCGCAUCAAAAGGUGUCAGGUUUGGACCGGCCUUUCUUUUAGCAAGCCUGACAGGUGGGUCAAUUGUAGGAGACAUGGCUCCUUAUCAAGCAUUUGCCAUUGGUGGACUAGGAAGUGUUCGUGGAUAUGGUGAGGGUGCUGUUGGAUCCGGACGCUCUUGCCUCGUUGCUAAUACAGAAUUGGCAUUGCCUUUGAACAAGAUGACAGAAGCAACAAUCUUCUUGGAUUGUGGAACGGACCUAGGUUCAAGCCGUCUUGUCCCCGGAAACCCGUCGUUGAGACAUGGGAAGCCAGGGUUUGGGUAUGGGUUCGGGUAUGGGAUACGGUUCAAAUCUCCGUUGGGUCACCUUCAAGUUGAUUAUGCCAUAAAUGCUUUCAACCAGAAGACUCUUUACUUUGGUGUCACCAACCUUGCCUCAUCAUCAUAGCCAAAAUCAAGAGAAGCACAUAUUCUCCCAUUCAGUGUCUUGAUUCAGUAUAUAUAUAUAUAUAUAUACACGCCACAAGAUGAGGCCCCUUGAAGAAGCUGUUAUAAGAUAUGUUGAGAAUAGAAAAAUGUUGUCAUAGGAAUCAUGUAAUCCCACAGGACCAAAAACACACAUUUAAUUUGAAUGCAUCUCUCUCUCUUGCUUUUCCAUAUCUGAGUUGAGCUUCAAUUUGCAGAAAACACAAUCGGUUUAGAUUUGAUAAACCACCGGUGUCAUUAUUAAAGCUGAACCCGACAUUGGUUUUGUUAUUAAUGCUGUUAAACCUUUUCCUUUUCAAGAAAUAAUAGUUUGGUUUUGGAUUUUGAAAAUUAUUUUACAAACACACAAAUUUUCAUGAACCUGAUUGAUAUGCAAGAAAAAUGGUUUUGUAAGUGGGAUUCAGUUCGAACUGACUGAGAUAAGGAUAUAACGGUUCAUACCAUAACCAAUUCUGCAAAUUAGGUUUUAAAAAGAAGAAGGUUUAGAAGAAAUUGUUGAACUGACUGGUAAGCGAGCUCUUGAGGUUGGAAUAAAGACCGUAAAGAGAAUACUGCUUCAUGUUCUCGACUUCAUACCACGAGUUAAGAACGGCCAAGUGCUUGUCAGUGCCGGAAAAAGCAAGCUGGAUACCGAGACUGCAGUCCACAGUACCUCCUCGGCCUUUGCAGCGGGGUGUUCUGAUAGCACAAUCUUGCUUGUUGAGGCACACAAAGUUUGAGUUCCCCUUGCAGGACGCACACCCGUCUCUCUUCCAGAAGAGGUUUUGAAGCCUACCUUUCUGAAACUCCAUCACCUUUUUAAAACAGCAACAUGAUAAGAGGUCCUUGGAGUCUUUAAGAUAAUUUGACUAAAAGGGGUUUGUUUACCAAAGUAAAACUGGUAACGGUGUAGGUGGAGUUAGCAAUAAAAGCCGGAGGAGACCUAGCCGCAUAUUUCCGACCAGCGAAAGCCACCAUAUAUCCACCAUAGUUGUCCUGCCAUUCAAAACAUAUCAUAUUCUAGCCAAUUGCACAUGGAAUGGAACCCAGUGAUGUUUGAACCUAAUCAUGGGCAAAAACCAAAAUAUGAUACAAUUGUGUUUAGUAGACACGAGACGUCCUUAAACCCGUCGUUACCUAAAGUAGAAAGAUUCAUGUUGACUUGUAGUUAAACAAAUCUGAUACUUAUCAAUUUUAACACUGACUAAUUAGUACACAUAAAUCAAUCCAAUCUAAUUAGAGUAGUCAAAGUCAACGAAAUCUAAACUCUGAUUAAUAAAUAAUCAAAUAGUAAAAAUCAGGAGGAGAAGAAUCUGCGAGUCUACCGGGAAGAACGAAGAGGUGUUGAUGGAGAGAAGAGAGAUCUCGUCCACCUUAGGACGGAAAACAGAGAGCUGAGAGUUCAUGGCCGCCAGGGUUAGUCGACGGUCGCAUGGAGAGAGAAGAGCCGUCUGGUUCAGGAAGAAAGAAGGACGCGAGGAGAAGGCGAUUCCGAAUGUGAAUCCGUCGGAUCUCUGGAUUCUGGUGUCGGAGCAAGGCGAGUAAACAUUGUUGGUGUUUCCUCCCAACGCGGCGGCUCUCAUGAUUAGAACCACGACGGAGGAGACGAGGAGCGUUAGGGUUUGCAUUUUCGAAAUGUAAUGGGAACUGUGAUGAGAGAACGAGAGGGUGUGUGUGUGAAUGGCUGAGUCAGUUUGUGGCUUUCACGUUAGCCUUCGUCGUUUUCCGCAGCUUCAUCACACUUCCGAC